AGGUGACAUGUUGUCAGUUUGCUGCCAUGAUACAAUUUAACAACCUGCUGUGGUUCUGCCUCGUUACUGUUACCUCCCCCCUUCCGUUUGCAAAGAGGGACUCUUCCUAUGGUCACGCGGACCCAUCUCUUAAGGAAGUUUAUGAGGAAGAACCCAACACAGAGGAUGUAUUCUCCCAAAUCCUCAAAACCAAUAAAGAUAGCACUAUUAAAUUGUAUCAUGGAGACAUAGUCAUGCCCGCACACAGCGGUUUCAGUGCCAUGAAAUGUACCGACUGCCUCUGGAAAAAAUCUUCUGAUGGAACCGUCCAGGUCCCCUACACCAUAUCGUCUGAUUACAGUGACAGUGAUAAAGCCUUCAUCAUCCAUGUCCUGCAGGACUUUUCCACCCUGACUUGCAUCCAGUUCGUAGAACGUUCAACAGAAGUAGACUAUCUUAACAUCGGCUCUGGAAGUGGGUGUUGGUCUUCUGUUGGAAAAGUCGGGGGAUCUCAAUAUCUCUCCUUGUUGAGAACGGGGUGUAUGGCAAGAGGCAUCAUCCAGCAUGAGAUCCAACACGCUUUGGGCUUUUACCACGAACAAAGCCGAAGUGACCGGGAUAACUACAUAGAUGUCCUUUGGGAAUUCAUCAAUGAAGAUAAUUGGGGCAACUUUGAGAAAGUCGACACAAGAAACAUGGAUCUGCCUUAUGACUACUCUUCAGUGAUGCACUACGGGAAGUAUGCGUAUUCCAACACGUCCGCGCAGCCAACGCUGAGACCCAAACCAGACCAAGACGUGGAGAUCGGACAGAGAUAUGGACUAAGCCCCCUAGACGUUUUCAAAGUCAAAAAGCUUUAUGAAUGCAAACAGUGCAGCUUCAUGCUAACCGGGACCGGUGGAUCUCUGGACUCCGAAAAAUACAUAAAAGCCUAUUCCGAUACCGCGAGCUGCCUCUGGCUUAUAACAGUUGAAAAAAAUAAGGUUCUGUUGAAAUUUGAUACAUUUGAUAUUCCGCCCUCUGCUGGCUGCUCUUCUUAUUACAUCACCGUGUACGAUGGCCGAAGCCGAAAAGCCCCGCUGCUAUUGGACAGGGUUUGUGGCAACCAAGAGCUCCCCCUGCUGGUGGCGACUACUAAUGGCCUUCUGGUGGAAUUUGCCUAUGAAGAAACUCUUCCAGUAUUCGACUUCAAAGCGACCUACAGCUCCGUGUCAUGCGGUGGGACGUAUACGGCUGACAAUGGCACAAUCACGUCUCCCGAUUACCCCAAUCUAUACCCUAAUUUCGCGGACUGUGUAUCAACCAUAUGGGCCCCUCAAGGAUUUCGGAUACUUCUGAACUUCGCGACCUUUGAUCUGGAAUAUUCCUCCUCCUGCUUGUACGACUAUCUCAUUAUCAAUGACGGUGGGAGGCCUAACGCUCCCGAACUGGGCCGGUUCUGCUGGGACGUCCAUAUCCCACCCAUUCUGUCCACCGGAAACGCUCUCCUGCUCCAGUUCCACACGGACAGCUGGUUCAACAAAGCAGGCUACAGAGCCGACUACUCCUUUGUGAAGUCAUCAUAGCCUCUAGGAUCUGAAAUCUAUAAAUGCAUGGAAUUUGGAGAACGGGAUUAAAUUCAAGAAUCAUUUUUUUUUUCUCAAUUUUUGUUUCAAAUCGGACUCACCCUUAACACAGGAACUGA